CGCCCGCCCGUCGGCCGGGAGCUCGUCCAGCCCCGCGCUGCGCUCGCCCGCCCGCCGCCCGCCGGAGCACCGCGGCCGCCGCCCGCGUCCAUCUGCCCGCCGCCCGCGACCGUCCAGCCGCCCGCGCCUUCGCCCGCGCCGGCCCCGCCGCUCUGCCUCCGGGUAUUAAUCAGCACAGAAACUCGGGAGACGCAGACAAGUUCUUCCACGAUGUCGUACAGACGAGAACUAGAGAAAUACCGUGACCUGGAUGAAGAUGAAAUCCUUGGAGCCCUAACAGAGGAAGAGCUCAGAACCCUGGAAAAUGAGCUGGAUGAGCUGGACCCUGAUAAUGCACUGCUGCCUGCAGGCCUGAGGCAAAAGGAUCAGACCACCAAGGCGCCCACGGGCCCCUUUAAAAGAGAGGAGCUCUUGGAUCACUUGGAAAAGCAAGCAAAGGAGUUUAAGGACCGAGAAGAUCUGGUCCCCUACACAGGGGAAAAACGAGGAAAGGUCUGGGUUCCUAAGCAGAAGCCAAUGGAUCCCGUGCUGGAAAGUGUGACGCUGGAACCGGAGCUGGAGGAAGCCUUGGCAAAUGCUUCGGAUGCAGAACUCUGCGACAUUGCAGCGAUCCUGGGCAUGCACACGCUCAUGAGCAACCAGCAGUACUACCAGGCCCUGAGCAGCAGCUCCAUCAUGAACAAGGAGGGGCUCAACAGUGUGAUUAAACCCACACAAUACAAGCCUGUGCCUGACGAAGAACCAAACUCAACAGACGUAGAGGAAACGCUGGAACGGAUAAAGAACAAUGACCCGAAACUUGAAGAGGUUAACCUCAAUAAUAUCCGGAAUAUCCCCAUCCCCACCCUCAAGGCGUAUGCAGAAGCCCUGAAGGAAAACUCAUAUGUGAAGAAGUUCAGCAUCGUGGGGACACGGAGUAACGACCCCGUGGCGUAUGCCCUUGCUGAGAUGCUCAAGGUGAAUAAGGUGUUGAAGACACUGAAUGUGGAAUCCAACUUCAUUUCUGGAGCUGGGAUCCUGCGCCUGGUGGAAGCCCUCCCGCACAACACUUCGCUGGUGGAACUGAAAAUUGACAACCAGAGCCAGCCCCUGGGCAACAAAGUGGAAAUGGAGAUCGUGAGCAUGUUGGAAAAAAACGCAACGCUUCUUAAAUUUGGCUACCACUUUACCCAGCAGGGGCCCCGGCUUCGGGCAUCCAACGCAAUGAUGAACAACAAUGACCUUGUGAGGAAGAGGAGGCUUGCGGACCUGACUGGGCCCAUCAUUCCCAAGUGUCGGAGUGGUGUCUAGUGUGCGGUGGUGGAGACCAUGCCUUUGAACUGGACAUGUUCUACUGAUGACCUGUGCUCUGCAGGGGAAACCGGAAGGCAAAACGCCAGCAGCACGAAACCCUUUUGUGGUUCAGUUCUUUAUGCACUAAGGUUUUAGGUUGACUAGUGGUUGUAGUUGAAAAUUUUAUAAAAUAUCGUUAAUGUGAAGUUUUUCUUUAGUCUCAGAAGUUCAGUCUGGUUAUUAUUUAAAGAAUAGAAGCCCCCAAACCAGCAGAUCUUACUGAAGAUGAUGAUGUUACAGUAGCAGCGACUUAGCCCCAGGAGCCCAAUUUCAGUGGCCUUGCUGUGUGGUGUUUCAAGUACAUUUAAAAUAUGUAACACGUAAAUGGCAUACUCUUCCAUAUGCUUUAGAAGUAUUAUGAAACACUUUAUUACAAAUUUGUCUUAGCUAUUAGCAAACAAAACAGAUUAUCGUUCUUUAUUAACCCUCCUUAGAAUUAUAAAAACCUCAAGAUUAAAGUUACCAAAUUGAUUAAUGGAUCAAGACACAAUUUUCCCCUCAGGACAGAUACACAGACUGAAGCCACAGAACUCUGCCAGGAAUCAAAGAACCUGAGAUUCCUUUUGCUGGAUAUGAGGAAAUGAUUGAUAGGGAAAAAAACCAAUGGUGAAAUUUCAAGUUUCAAAAAUGAACCUUUCAUUACCAAGCCCAGGCAACAAACGUGUCCCUGAGUGUUCUUUAAGAACAUUUGGGAUUUAUGUACAAUUUAAUACUGGAGUUAGAAGUUUUUCCUUAUUGAAUGCCAACCUUAUGAUGGAUGUAAAAAUCUAUGGCCAAAUACUUGAAAACACCUUUCUAUGUUGCACAGUGGGCAAAUGGCUUAUGUCAGGUAAGACACUAGAAGGAUAAAUUUCCAGUCCAACAUGGCCAUGGUAUUUAGUAAUGGUCCAGCUUAGCGACUUUGGCUGCCGAUCUCAUCACUUAUUAGACAAAUCACUGCUGAUCUUAUGCCUGUGUAUUAAGCCUCUGCAGGACAAUGGUGAAGAAAACCUAGAUAUCAAAGAAUUAGGAAAUCCUGGCCAAACCACCCCAAGAUGAUUAUACUGAAAUGUAUUUAUUAGUAUUCUGCCAGAUCCCUUUGUAACAUCAUGUGCGUCUCUUGGGAUCCAGCAAAAGUGUUAAGCCACAAUGCCCUUGUGCCUUUUAAUAUACCACAGUGCCAGUUAAACUAGUAUUUUUGUUGGUUGCUUUUGGGAGUUAUUUUCAUUAGUGAUUUCAGCAAAUCUCAUGAUAAAGGACAAGGCCAAGAACUGCAAGCACUGAGCAGAGAGGCUGGUGAUGAAAAGGCAAAGGCCUGCGCACUGAACCACAAGGCAGUGGGCAGUACAGGUUAGCUGGAGGUGGGGCCAGGGCCUCAGCACUAUGGAAGUGUCCACUGAGGCUGCACAUGGCCCGGGAGUGGGUUGCAGGGACAACCAUUCCCACUUGGCUUCUCCUUAAAAUACAAUUGCAGCUGCAUUAUGCAUCGCUGAAAACUGCAAUAUAAUAUUAAAUCUGUUGGUCUAUGUA